UUCUUGAGGUCGUCUCCUGUAAAUAAUAUAUUUCAGAGAUGUAACGACAGGACACGCUGUGUUAUUUCGUGCAUUUCUCGUGGAGUAAAGGGUUAUCUCAAUGGUGUUGGCACUCUUGAGGAGGUGGCAGUCCUCUGCCGGUCUGCUUGCCAUUGACCACUCCGACCGGCUAACUUUAGCGUAAUACUCAACGGGUGAGGACGCUAGCAUUAGCUAGCCAUUGAGCUAAUCAGAGGUUAUUCCGGGAGGAAUCUAGCUUGUUUCCAGAGGCCUCUGUUCAACUGGGAUGUUUAAAAUGACAGUCCCCUGUGGGCUAUAACAGCUGACGCGGAACAAAGACCACAGGUCAAGCCUGCCUUGACGUUGGAUCUCUUGCCUAGCAUGCAGCCAUGAGCUCUACCCUGUGGAGCCAGGAGAAGCCCAGCGGGGGCUUCAGGGAGGACUGGCGCUUCUACAUGGUUGUGAAAGAGUGUACAGUGGAGAAGCCUCCUCAGAAGACCCUGAAGAUCCCCCGUGGCAGCCUCGGCCAGGCCUGCCAGGAGCGCAACAGCCUCGGCCGAACGCUUCCCCCAUGCAAGGGCAAGAAAAGUCUCCGCAUUUUGGACCAGACCAAUGUGGUGCUGAGCCUGGAUGAGCGGGACGUCCUGGAGCUGGAUGAAAAGCUGGCUGAGCUGCUGUUUCCCAUCACCAACUGCGAGGAGCGCUACGCUCUGCUCUGCAACGAGUCGCGGCUGGAGCGAGUUCGUGACAUUGACUGUGGCUCCAAGGUGCGUGUCCAGCUGCGCUCAGGGGAUGAGCCGCUGCCUGGUGUGGUCCGCUUCAAAGGCUCGCUGCUGCCUGACAGAGCCCUCUCUGGAAUCUGGUUCGGAGUGGAGCUUCUGGAGGAGGGUCGGGGACAGGGCUUCACCGAGGGCUCCUACCAGGGCCGCCAGCUUUUCCGCUGCGAGGACGAGUGUGGUGUGUUUGUUGCCCUGGAUAAGCUUGAACUCUGGGAGGACGAUGACGAUGAAGCCUUAGGUGAACUGGAGGUGGAUCACGUGAGUCUGGUGGAGGAUGAUCAGGACUUUCCUCCGCUAGAGAUCAACUCCAGGGUCCUGGUGCAGACCAGGGAGGGGCCCGAGAGGGGCACCAUCAUUUUCUGUGACCUGCUGCCUGGCAAUGAGAGCCUGGGCUACUACGUAGGUGUUGACAUGGACAAUCCUAUCGGUGACUGGGACGGCGUGUUUGACGGGAAGCUGCUGUGUAAUUUCGCCAGUUUGGAGCACACGCGACUCGUCCCAAUCUGUGACGUAAUGCCAGAAUAUUCCAUGCAGGACCAAAGGCUCCCAAAGCACAGUUUUGCCCCCAGAGGCACCAACAGUGACAAGUCAUCCUCUGGUCAAAGCAAACCAAAGAGCAAAGGAUUAGGUCACCAGUGCAGCAGUAGAAGCAAGUCUGAAUUUUACUAUACUUUAAAUGGCAGCUCUCUUGAUCCCCCAGUCCAGUCCAAAUCCAAAAGCACAUGGUACAUUGAUGAAGUUGGGGAGGACCCCGCCAAGUCCCUCACCGACACGCCCCCCGACUUCAACCAGUCCUCCCCGCCCUCCAGAGCCCCGCCCUCCACCUCGUUGUCCAGUGACAACAAGUUCCACUCGCUGCCCUUCAGCCUCAACCGGAAGGCCGGGCCCAUCGACAGCAUGAGUCAUGGCCCCCUCUCCCUCUCCGUCCAGUCGGUGAUGGGAGAGCAGCCCGAGCCCCCCUCGCCCGCUGCCCCCACCUCGCCGCGGCCUCCGACCCCGCCCCAAGGGCAGCCGGGUCUGGAGGUGGGCUCCCUGGUGGAGGUGAAGGAGAACCCCCCUCUGUGUGGAGUCAUCCGGUGGGUGGGCCUGCCUCCCGGCCUGCUGGAGCCUCUGGCCGGUCUGGAGCUGGAAGAAGAGUGCCCCGGUUGUACUGACGGCACCUUCAAAGGCACGCGCUACUUCACCUGCCCCCCUAAAAAAGCUUUGUUCGUGAAGUUGAAGUGCUGUCGGCCGGACUCCCGCUUCCCCUCGCUGCACCACUCCUCCAAUCCCAUAGAGCGCUGCAACUCCAUCGCGUUUGGAGGAUACCUGAGUGAGGUUGUGCAUGAGAACACACCUCCACGCACAGAAAACGAUGGUUUGGAUGUCAUGGUGGGGAAGAAGAAAGGCAUCCAGGGCCACUACAACUCCUGCUAUCUGGAUUCAACCCUUUUCUGUCUUUUCUCCUUCAGUUCUGUACUGGACACAGUUCUUCUGAGGCCUCGAUCAAAGACUGAUGUAGAGUAUUACAGAGAGACCCAGGAGCUGCUGCGCACUGAGAUAGUCAACCCCCUGCGCAUACACGGGUAUGUUUGUGCUACUAAAGUGAUGAAGCUGCGGAGAAUCCUGGAGAAGGUGGAAGCUGCUUCUGGUUUCACCUCCGAGGAAAAAGAUCCCGAGGAGUUCCUCAACAUCUUGUUCCAUCACAUAUUGAGAGUGGAUCCUCUGCUCAAGCUGAGGUCAGCGGGUCAGAAGGUUCAGGACUGUUACUUCUACCAGAUCUUCAUGGACAAGAAGGACAAAGUGGGAGUUCCCACCAUCCAGCAGCUGCUGGAGUGGUCUUUCAUCAACAGCGACCUGAAGUUUGCAGAAGCUCCCUCCUGCCUUAUUAUCCAGAUGCCCCGCUUUGGCAAGGACUUCAAAAUGUUCAACAAGAUUUUCCCGUCCUUAGAGUUGGACAUCACAGACCUUCUUGAAGACACUCCCAGGGAGUGUCGCAUCUGCGGAGGCCUGGCUCUGUACGAGUGCCGAGACUGUUACGAGGACGGAGAUAUCACGGCCGGGAAGAUCAAACAGUUCUGUGAAAAGUGCAAUACACAGGUUCAUCUCCACCCGAGGAGGAAAACGCACCGACAUGGAAAACUGUCCGUCCCCAAGGAGCUCCAAGAGGGCAUGGGGCGCCAGGGCAGCUUUCCCCGCCAGAGGAUGGAGCUGUUCGCCGUGCUGUGCAUCGAAACCAGUCACUACGUGGCCUUCGUCAAGUACGGCAACGCAGACUCCGCCUGGCUCUUCUUCGACAGCAUGGCCGACCGUGACGGCGGGCAGAAUGGUUUCAACAUCCCGCAGGUGUCCCCGUGUCCAGAGGUGGAGGCCUACUUGAAGAUGACCCCAGAGGAGCUGCACGCUCUGGACCCCAAGAGCAUCCAGGGCCAGGCCCGCCGGCUGCUGUGCGACGCCUACAUGUGCAUGUACCAGAGCCCCACCAUGAGCCUGUACAAGUAGAGUCUGACAUUCUCGCCCUUCCUCCUCUUCCUCCUCCUCCUCCUCCUCUUCCUCCCUUCCCCCUGGAAUGGAGACUUUCACCCAAAAGACCAAAAAUGAAGACCGAACCUCCAGCAGUUAGCCACCAGCAAGGGGGCGCUGUUUGGCGUGAAGGCGGGAGACGCAGACGCAGGGAGGGGGAGGAGGGGGGAGGAGAGGCGAGCCUAUUUGCACUGUGCGCUAGUUGAAGUGUCGUGUUCUCCAUGUAGUCCUAUGUAGCUUCGCCCGUGUCUCACAGCUGAGCAUCGGUGGUGGACGAUGAAGCGGAGGCAGGCAUUAUGAGGAAGCCGCUCCCCUGCCGCGGGAGGAAGGACGGCGAGGGCCGGGGAGGAGGGAGGGGGGGGCGUGUCCGACCCAAAAACAUGCACAACAAAAACAAGACUGCCUAGUGGGAGGACCUCACUCACCUCAUUUACCUUAAGAAAAGAGGAGUCCUGCUAUUCUUAAUCACUGUAACAGACGGGAGCUUCCCAUAACGCACAUUUAAGGAAACGAACGCCGUGCGCGAGAGUCCUCAUCCAGCUCCCGGUCCAAACCGCAACACACCAACUUGUGUAGAGUCUCUUCAGUAGCAUAGACCUCUCCAGGUAGUCACAUCAGCAGCAUCGAUAUCAACCUACUGUGCAGCGGCAUUCUGAUCAGACUGUUCUGCUCGUCGUGAACCGGUCUGCAUAUUUCCUCCUCACGCCGUGUAAAUGUCCAUACAAUGUGUGUGUGUGUGUGUUGCAGAAACAGAUGUAGCCAUUGUAAAAGUCUCACGUUUUACCGCAUACUCACACCUUUUUCUUUUUUCUUUUUUUUUUUCUUCCUCUUCUUCUUUUUGCUCCAUCCCCAAGUGGACCUAUCAGGAAACAUUUAGGUUUUGCCUCUCUCCCCCCGCUCGCCCAUUGAAAGUCACAGUGAGUGCUAAUUUGUUGGUUGGGAGACAUCAAGAGUUUUGCGUUCCAGCAUACAAAUUCGCUCCUGGGCUGUAGCUGUAAAGAAAGGUUCUGCAUUGCUAAUGCGGAGUAGAUGCCAGAUAAAACGCAUGAAGGGAGACUUGUACAAUGGCUGCUGUUGUAAAGCCGCUCGGUGGAGCACUCCAUGCAUUCGUAGGGUCAAUGAGGUGAAAUACUGGGAGAAGAAAAAAAUACGUGGCUGUUUUCUUUUUAAAGUAAAGUGUGUGUGACGUGAAGGAUUUCACAUGCGGUGUGUUUUGUAAGUCUCUCUCUCUCUCUCUCGUCGUGUUGAUGAGUAAACCUAAAUUCUUACUUUUCUGUUUACAAGAGCCUUUUUCUCCGCCCGCCGCGGCGAGCGUCCGAUCUCCAGCGGGCCAAGAGAAGACCCAACUGACUGUCGCUGCCUUUUUCUUCAAAGUGUGACUUGCAAUAUUUCCAGCCAGGCGCCAGAUAACAAAAUGAGUGUGAUCAAAUCUUAUUUAUUGUAUUGUUGGUAUAAUAAACUCGUACAUCCCUUCUUUCGCGCACACAGAAAAGAGGUGGAACAGGGUGGACGAUACUGUCAGGUCUGGGUACGCCUCGUCCUCUUUCACUGUGUAUUACAGUGAGUUGUUGUGGUUUACGUUGUUUCAAGGCAACUACUGAAUGCUAAUAGUAACACAGUGAGGGGUCAAAGGUCGGGAAAUGAAGAGGCACAAGGCUGGUAACCUUGGCGCAUCACAUAUAAAUAUUUAUAUAUAUAAAGAAAUAUUUAAAGUUAAAUUAAACAUGAAGAACAUAUUCCGGCUUUACCAAAUAGCAGAAACAUCCUACCACUCCAGGCUUGAAAGUAGCUGUUUUUUUGUUUUUGUUUUUUAUCCAUAUAUCACACACAAUUAGAUCAACUCAACAAACAACAAUAGCAUCAGCAUUAUAUAUAUAUAUAUAUAUAAAUAUACAUAUAUUUUUCCUAAACUUAAUCACAGCUUGAUUGUGGAUACAGUUGUGAGUCUAAACUAAAUGCAGGAGGGCGUUUUUAUAAUUCCCCCUCCACCUGGCGGCAUCCAUGGGUUUUUUUUUUUGUUUGUUUUGUUUUGUUUUGCUCUGGAGGUCUCCGCCGAGGCAGGGGUCCGAUCGGAGCAAACCUCCCGUCUCUGCACUGCUGGAGAGAAGUCUCCCAACAGACGAUGGCGUCUGAGUUCGGUUUGUUUUCUGUUUUGUUUUUGUUUUCUGUUGCAUCUGUACAGUGUAGACAUGUAACGGGUGGAGAAUUAAUGUCAGUGAUGUUCCUGUAAAUGUUAACAAAAAUAAAGCCCGUUUUGAAGGGUGCGCA